AUGAAGAGGUUCUCUGAAAUUGUGUCUCAAUUAUGGUCAAACAAAGCACCACUUGAAGAAGAGCAAGGACGACAAGAGAUUCCUAUUCGUAUUCUCGGUGCACGUGGAGCGGGUAAAACAACAUUUCUGUACAAGCUUUACUUUAAAUAUUGUGCCGAAAAGCCGAGUACAUUUCAAGUAUUUCCAACAGAAUCACAUAAUGUAGAAGUAAUUCCAUAUCGACAGUUUGCAUUUCAAAUCUGGGAAUUUGCAGAUAUUGGAGCCUCUUUAAAUUAUAUCAAAGAUACCCGAGUAAUCAUUUACAUGGUCGAUGCUGUCGAGCAAUCAAAGCCAGUGGUUGCUUCAAAGGCCAGAGAGAAUAUGAGUUGGAUCCUAAAGACCUUUGAAGAAGAACUGAGGGACGCAAUUGUGAUUACAGUAGUCAAUAAAAUCGAGUCAGAGGGAGCAGUCGAUAUCCAGGACCUCGGGCAACAAUGGAUUACCGACCCUCUGCUGACCAAGGGCCUGCGUAACCAUCAGUGGCGUAUAUUUGAGUGCGACGCCGCAACCGAAAAAGGAUUCGAAAAGGUGCUCGAUUAUCUGAGUCAAAAGAUUGAAAUGAAAGAUGCAUUGACUGUCGACGUUGAUCGGUCGUCGGAUUACAACACCCUGGGCCCAACAUCGCCUUCAAUCUUACCUCGGUCAGCCCGCCGCUCGGAUUUCUUCUUACGACGACAAAGCGACGCAAACUCUCUCUCAAACCCACAUACCUUAUCUCACUCUCAGUCUCACUCUCACUUACAUGAAAUCACCUACAGGCGCGAUCUGUAUCCCCAGGCACGGAUGCCUGUAGCACCCUGGGAAGACUUGCCCAAUCCACAUCACUUCAAAGACAAGGAGUUUUGCGAGUGGUUCUUGCAAGCCAAAGCCUUUCUGUUCUUUGAUCACUAUUCGCUCUUGAGGAUCGCGUAUCUAAGCAUACUUCAGGACAAACAGGACACCCGUCGGCUGCUCUAUAGUCUGCGGACCAUCCUGCGUGGAAUAGAACUUUUGGAACAGGACGCGCUCAGAGAUACAGGGUUGGCUAAUAGGCGCCCAGAAGAUCUGCUACACGAGUCAAUUGAAUAUUCAGAAACCCAGACCUUGUUUUGGAUCCAGAUGGUCUCGUUUGCAUUAUUGCGCCAUCCUGUGUUGGACGGAGAAGAGAGAGACUUUGAGUCAUUUCUGAUGGGCUGUCCAGAGUUGUGGGAUGGUCAAGGCUGGAAAAAAUACUAUUCUCCAAAGAUCUAUUUGUCCCUCAAGGCAGCCCAGGAGUUUAUCCCGCCUGAUCGUAAGCCUUUACCUAAUGCGUUUAAAGCAUCUUCAUUAGCCUUGAGAGGAAGUGGCCUAAAGAUUGACUAUCAAGUAUUAUAA